AUGACCACACCACAAUCUACGGACGAUCUCCAGUCACGCCGAGAAGCCGACUACGAGCGGUUCAAAGCCGCGGCCGCAUACACCUUCCUCAUUGCAUCGCCUGUUCUCAUUGCCCUACCACCUCGAAAGCUCGAUAACCUGACGGUUCUUCUCACUAGCGCCUUCUGUGUUUCGGCAAAUCAUCUCACACGCGAACAUACCGGGCGGAGUAUCGUGGACCGGAUUGAGGCCCGGAUCUCAAGGAACCCUAUUACAGCAUUGUCGGAUCUGCCAAGCCAACGGGCGCAGGAGAUACAGGCCAAGUUGAAGGCAGCGAGGGAUGCACAGAUCCGAGAGGGGUCAGCAGUCGGCGAGGAAUUGGAGAGGCUGAAGGCUAGGCAAGCACAGGAGAAGCCGGCCUUGGAGAAAAUCUGGAUGGGUGGUGAGACGGAGGGGUGGAAGGAGAGAAGAAUCAGAGAGGAACAGAAGGCCUUGGAGGAGGGCAAGGGAUAUGGUGACUUGAUCAAGGAGCAUAUAUGGGAUGUAUGGAACUGGGGCCAAAAGGGAGAUGAAAAGGAAACAAAGGAGGGGAAAUAA